GCAAAGCCAACACCAAGCAAGUCCGCACAAAACAAGCAAAGCAAGCAAGCAAGAAGGCACGUUUUGUUUGUGUUUGUGUUUUGCCACACAACAACAAAGCAAAAGAUGGGGUGCGGCACGUCCACGUUGCGGCUUGAGUUGGAUGCGGCGCAGACGGAGCUGCAUGACACGCGCGCCCAGCUCGCCGAGACCACGGAGCACCUCACUGGCACACAGCAGACUCUCUCAGCUCGAGAGACAGAGCUUCAAAGCGUCAGAACCCAGCUGGAGGCCAUCAACGGCUCGAGCAAGCAAGCCAUCGCGGAACGGGAUGCGGAGCUGCGCCGUGUCAAGGAAGCGCUCGACAAGUGCUCGCGUGACUUGCGCAGGACGGUGGAUGAGAUGGCGCUGUUGCAGGAGGAGCUCAACAGCCGCCGCGACGCCUUGCAUGACAAGGACGCCAAACUCAACGAAGCCAACUCCAACUUGAAGGUAGCCCAGGAUGAGCUGUCAAAGUGGUACCGGAAGACGCUGCAGAAAGAAAAGGAGAUGGAGACACUGCAGCAGCAGCACGAUGGCUUGCAGCAGCAGUUUGACCAAAUUGCAAACCGAAAGCUCAUGGUCUUGACGGAGCAGGGGCACGUGUUUGAGCUGGGCAGCGGAAGUGGCAGCAAACCAGGAUCGCGACGGCACAGCACAUCUCUGUCAUCAUCGAACCUCAGGCGCGCCUCAGCGUCCAGUCGACCGGCAUCAAAGGCAAAGGCGGCUCGCAGCCUGAGCUCGGGCUCCAUUGCCGUCGCUUCCUAGCCUUCCGACACACCAUGACCUUAUGAAUGACCUCAACACCGGAUAUGCUCGUCAGCCACCCCGUCCGCAACCAAUGCUGGAGGAGGAACCGUCCCAAGAUCCAAGCAACAAGCAAUUGACCAUUUCUUGACCUCUCACACAGCUCUCUCCCAAAGCCAUGCUGUGUUGUGUUGCCUGCUUGUUCGCUUUGUGUUCGUUUUGCGACCCUAUACCGUUACCAAGCAAGUCUUCUUGAACUCUGCUUUCACUUCCUUCAUUUGCUCGCAUGCUCUUUGUUUACAUUCCUCGACCUUGUCAUGGUUGACAAUCUGUCUGAUACUACAUGCAUUGCAAAUUCACAAACAAACAUUGCAAAGACACAACCAC